GGGUCCUAUAGGAAAAUUCUAGUAAAAAGCUGAUAUCUCAGCCAAAUCGCAACUUGGGCCGAUAUCAUCUUUGGCUUUUUCUAGUCUAUAUAUCCCCUACUUAUGGACAAAAUUUGGGCUCAAAAGCUUUUUAGCACCUCGGAAGGUUCCCUCGUCAGAGAGAAAUGAGUCAGUAAAAAUUUUAUUAUUUACCAGCUAACAAUUUACUCUUUAGGUAGCACCUUGAACAAAGCACGUCGUUGCCAAACACCACCAAUUCCUGAUCCUCAAUUAUUUGAUUUACCUGAAUGUUAUACAAAAACAAUUAAAGGUUUACCAUUUUUAUGUAUUGAUCAAUUAGUAAAACGUAAAACGCGAAUGUUGGUAUUCGCUUCCAAUGAACAACUAAAAAUGUUGUUUAAUAGUUCAGUUGUGUUAAUGGAUGGUACGUUUUCUUCUUCACCAUCAAUAUUUAGUCAAGUUUACUGCAUACACUCAAUAAAAUAUGAACAAUCAUUUGUCUGUGUUUUCGUUCUUUUACCUGAUCAGAAAAAACCUACGUACAAAUUUUUAUUAAAUGGAUUACGUGAUAAAGCUGCUGAAAUGAAUAUGAUGUUUAAUCCAACUACUAUCAUGUCAGAUUUUGAAGGAUCUCUUGUAGAAGUUUUAAAAAGUGAAUUUCCUAACAGUCAGCAUCGUGGGUGUUAUUUUCACCAUAACCAAGCUAUUUAUCGCAAUAUUCAAAAAUUAGGUUUAUCAAGUGCAUAUGUUGAUGAUGAUCAAAUUCGAAUAAUUUGUCGAAAACUUAUGGCUUUGGCUUUAUUACCCCUUUCAUUAGUUAUUGAAGCAUUUGAUAAUCUCUAUGAUUCGGUUCUUGAAUCAUCAUCAACAACAUUUAAGUUACUUGAACCUUUAUUUACAUAUUUCGAGAAUCAAUGGAUCAAAACAGUUGAAAUAAAAAUAUGGAAUGCGUAUGGGAUACAAAUGCGCACCAAUAACAACUGUGAAGGGUAUCACAAUCGGUUAAAUUCAAGAAUAUGUAAAUAUCAUCCGAACAUAUGGACAUUCAUCAGAUGUAUACAAGGUGAAGAAAAUAGAUUUAAUCAUUUGCUUAUUCAAAUGAAAGGUGGUCUUGCAGCUCGUCCACAAACGAAAACAACUCAAGCUAUUCAAAAACGUAUUGAUAAUUUAUAUGCUCGUUAUGAGAACAAGGAAGUGUCACCCGAUGAAUUAUUGGAAGGCUUAUCAUUUGUAGUUGCUAAAAAUAGCAAAUCAAAAAAAAAAUAA